GUCGUACACAGGGCGUCUGCUCUUGGCUACCUGACGCAGAAGAAAUCCCAGUUUGGUCAAGCCGGGUCGUGUUCGGAUUGAGACACAGCUCCCGAAAAAAUGCACGAGAGACACAGUGGUUGCUAGCUGUUACAUGGAGAUUCCGGAAACGUUUGAAACACGCGGCAUGCUUCAUUCAUCACUAGCAACACCGUUCGGCAGGUGCCACGUGCGUAGAGACAGAACGGCGUGACGCGGAACCGUGUCGUUUUUGCCGCUGCGUGCGUGGCGCAUGCGCAGUCGACGCCGCGUGUUGCUGUGGCCUGGGUAGGCACGUGUUUAUCAGCGCUCAGUCCUCGGCGGUCAGCUGAGGGGAGCGGUCGCUUGUGUUGCUGUCCCUGUGCGCGGUCCGGACUGUAGACGUUGUGUCGCGAGCCACCAACAUGUCGGAAAAUCACAUCACGGCGGACGGGGUCAAGUACAGCCCCGUCAGAAAGUCUGCUGACGACGAGAUGAAGGAGCCAUCCAGGUGUUCCCCCGCAGCCCUCUAUGCUGUGGCUGCAGUAUUAUCCCUGCUAACAGCGGGCUUCGUUGUUGGAAGCGUCGUCAUGUGGGGCACCAACGUCUUCGAGGAUGCAGUCCUACAGAAUCUCGUGAUCAGGAACGACACGCAGACGUUCCAGUGGUGGGUGGAUCCCCCGGUGCAGCCGCUGGUGCGAGUCUACAUCUUCAACUACAGCAACGCGCUUGAGUUCGAAGCCGGGAGUGUGGAGAAGCUACAUGUCAACGAAGUGGGGCCUUUCGCGUUCAGGCAACACUUGCACAAAGUAAACGUAGCUUUCACGAACAAUGGCACUGUCCGGUACCAGGAUGAUGCGUCCUUCACCUUUGUGCCCGAGUUGUCUGUUGGCGGACUCAACACCACGAAGCUGCGUCUCAUCAACAUGCCGCUGGUGAGUGCCAUAUCGAUGCUGCGGAAAAGUAGCUACUGGACACAGUUUGGGGUGAAGGCAGUGAUGGCCAAAUCUCCAUUCCUGCACUUGGAUGUGGAAGAGUUCUUGUGGGGCUACCAGGAGGCCCUCAUGACACUCUCCAGUAUCUUCUCCAUGUUUGGACUGAGCCCCUCAGAUAUGCGCCUUGGCUUCCUGGAGGCUCGUAGCGGCAUUGGACGUUCAAUGAUAGAGGCAGAGACAGGAGCCCGUGACAUGAAACAGCUGGGCGUAAUUGUGUCUGUUGAUGGCGAACCACGACUGCGUGCUUGGGGUGACACAGAGUGCUCCCGUGUAGAUGGUACUGACGGUUCCAUGUUCCCACCACACCUUGUCGAGCAGCGUGCUCCACUCUACCUGUUCAACAAGGAGCUCUGCCGUCGGCUGCCCCUUGAGUUUGAAAAGGAUCUCGUGGUGAACGAUAUUCCUGCAAGACGGUACAGGCCUCCACGAAAUGUGUUUGCAAGGGGUGACGUCAAUCCUGAAAAUGCUUGCUUCUGCCAGAGUGAUGAGUGUCCACCCGGAGGAGUGUUCAAUGCUUCACCGUGUGCCUUUGGUGCACCAAUCAUGGUAUCACUUCCCCACUUCCACCUAGGAGACAAAGAACUGCUUGAAGCAAUUGAGGGUAUGAAUCCAGACCCAGAAAAACAUGACAUUUAUCUAGAUAUUCAUCCAACACUUGGAGUUGUGAUGAGGGGUAAAACGAGCCUCCAGUUCAAUGUAAGAGUUGAAAAAUCAAAAGUACUGACACAACUGGACAGGUUUUCUGAAGGAAUGAUACUACCAAUUGCUUGGAUGGAAGUAGCCAUGAAUGAACUUCCUCCUGACCUGCAUUCAAUACUGUACAGCGCAACACAUACUGUGAACCUUGCACGCCAGAUCCUCCGCUGGGGUCUCUUAGCAUUGGCUGUGCUGUGUUUUGUGAUGCUGAGUUGUACUCUGCAUAAAUACAGGUCAGAGAUGUGCAGCACCAGAAGGACAGAGAGUAAAGACCAUGUACUCAAGCCACUGUAGUGUGAAGUCAGAGGUGCCUACAUCUGGGAGUGCAUUUCUUCAGAGUGCUACAGAGUGUAAAAAUAAUUGCGAGUUUAAAGUUUUGCAUGAACGAUACGUGCAGUGUCGGAACUGCAAAUUCUCGCUGAUACUAUAUCAAAUAAUGACUGAGAGUUGUGUUCUGAUGACUUUCUUCAUUGUGAGUGUUGUCUGGCAUUUGAGUAUAGUUUUCAAAAGAAACUGUAAAAGUCAGAAAUAUGUUUGUGGAAAUGCAAUAUAUUUUGGGUGUUUGACAGGUUAAUAUCAGCAUAAUGUCAGUGAAAUGUAACAAUAAUCAUUAUAAUGUUGUCCCACACUUCAUUAUUUUGAAAUGCCGUAACUUUUCAACUUCCCUAACAAUGUGCUGCUUUGAACAGUAUUAUGGAAGUCUAGAAUCUUAUGAAAACAUUUUCACAAACAUAGAACUUUUAAAGUUGUUCACUUUCGAUACUCUCGAACAACAUAAAUGUGUCAUUAAACAAAGGAACUUAAAACAGCUAUUUCUCACAAUAGAUUUGUGAAGCUGCAUUGUAUUUGUGGAAAAGUUUCUUCGUGAAUGAACACAGUAUUCAAACAAAUGACUCCAUUGCUGUAGACACACCAGUUUUUGCAAAUAUGAACUGCACAAGCCUAUCAGUGUGUCAUAGUCACUAGCGUGUUUGUGAAUUUUCGAAUACAAGGAAAAGCAUAACUUUACUUGUAGUAUCCAAAGAAGACAACACUUCAGUAGCGGCCAUCAAAAAGCCAUAUUCAUAAUUAGUUGCAGAAAUACUGAUCAUCGAGUUCUAUAUUCAACUCUAUCUUGUCAACUGAUUCAUUCCAAUGGUUUCAGUUUUGUCUUGUAUAAACAACAAUGUCAGUAUGGUUAUAUAUGAAUUUAAAUAAACAGAAGUCAAAGCAAAUGACUUCAUUAUAAGGUUAUAAUGUACAACAUAUAAAUUGUAUGCAGCUUAUUGCUGUAACUCCUGUACACUAUUUAUGUUAGACCUCAAUUUGCAUUGUAUUCUUGUUAUAUCUGUCAUAAAUGUGCCAUAUCUCUCUGGUGCUUAAAGCCAAAAUGAAAUAUUUUCCUGGAAUAUUUGAUCCUAUUCAAACAGCUUUUGUGGCAAUUUCUUGGUAGCAUAUACUACACAAGCCCUUUUUGGCUGAUUUUUUACAAAAUAUAUUUUUAUAAUUGUAUUUUUGCCACAAAUUAUUUUAUGAAUGUUUGCAGAAGGAUUUAAAAUACAUCCAUUUAAACUUCUCUAAUGUUGCAAAGAGAUUUGUUUUAAAAAUCUGGCUUUACUCUGAAAGUACUAUUGGACAUUAACUUCACAUUCGAGCUAUAUCACAUCAUCAAAGUAAAAUUUACCUGUUAUAUGCAGAGCUACGUGUUAAUAUUUUUAUCACUAAAAUAAAUGUAAUUGCUUCCAUAUAUUUUGAGACAAACAUAAUUUUUGUACUUGCAUUGUUCUAUAUUUGAAAAUGUAUUUGCUUGUUUGCUAUAAAUUAUUAUUUUUUUGUA